AAGUCCGCACCUUGUCCACUUUCAAAUGAACGUACGUUGCCAUCGUACAGCUGACGGGGGGAUCAGCCUGAGGCGUCAAGCAACGAAGCGUGACGUCUGAACAGUCCCGGCACAAUGAGGAAUUACGGCCGCUAUGGGAAUUUCUCUUACACUGCACUUAUAUUCUGCUCUGUGGCGCAGAUAGUCAUGAGCAUUUUAUACGCAUUACAUAGCGACGGCGACGCGUCCCAGGUCAUCUUAGGCUGGGUGACAAUGGGAUGGUCGCUCAUCACCUUAGCCUGGGUCACCAUCCUUGCGUCAAGUCUAGUGUUCUUUAACAGGCCGCGUUCAACAAGUUUCCUAUCUCAGGUCAUGUUACACUACAUGUCCUUAUUUUUUCUCAGUGGAACAUGGGCAGCACUGGCCGUACUUCUGUAUACGAACAUCGGACACACUUGUUCCGCUCGCCGCAAUAAUGAUACCCUGGGCUGUGGCUUUUUGGUGACUGCAAGUGUUCUCGCAACCAUUCUCUGUGCACAACCCCUGUCGUUCGGGAGCAGGACCUUCGUUCGUGGUCGGCGGUUGGGUAUCAGUAAUAAUAUUGCGUUGCUGAGGUAGCACAUCAUAGCAAUCCGGAUGCUAUAUAAUAUAUAAAUACUCUAGUACCUUGGAAGUUGCUCAGAGUAGCCUCAGAUUAACCUUUGGUUCCCAAAAUGUGAACAUCUGAAUUAAAUGC